CCCUGGCGGCGGCGGCGGCGGCGGCUGCGGCAGUAGAUAUCGAGACCAAGGCUAGACAUGUCUGAGAGGCGAACCCGGUCCGGAGGGGCCGCCCAGUGCUCCGGGCCCAGCGCCCCAACUCCCACUCAGUCUCUGCGGAGGUCCCAGCGGAAAUCAGGCUCUGAUCUCCCAAGCAUCCUCCCGGAAAUCUGGCCUAAGGCACCCCAGGAGGCUCCAGUCAGAAAGCCCAUCGUCUUGAAGAAGAUCGUGGCCCAUACUGUAGAGACCCCGUCUGUUCACUCGCCUCGAAGGAGCCCCCGGAUCGCUGUUUUUUUGGAGAAAGAAAACAACCCUCCUAGCAAGGAGCCUACUCGGGAGGACCUCUUCCAGACAUGCAGUGUCCCUGUCACCUCCGCCUCCACUCCUGUGCUGUGCUCCCUGAAUGUUGAGUCCGACUCCGGGGAAGGAGACCUGGACGCCAGAGACUUGGAAAUGUCAAAGAAAGUCAGGCGAUCCUACAGCCGCCUGGAGACUCUUGGCUCUGCCUCCACCUCCACCCCAGGCCGCCGGUCCUGCUUUGGCUUUGAGGGGCUGCUGGCGACAGAAGACUUGGCUGGAGUCUCACCUGUGGUGGGUUCAAAGUUAACUGAGGUCCCCAGGGUCCCUGUGAAGCCCUGGGCCCCAGACACAACUCUCCCUGGAAUCUCUCCCCCAGCCGUGAAAGAGAAACGAAAGAAGAGGAAGGUGCCAGAGAUCUUGAAAUCGGAGCUGGAUGAGUGGGCCGCGGCCAUGAAUGCUGAGUUUGAAGCUGCUGAGCAGUUUGAUCUCCUGGUUGAAUGAGAUGAAGUGGGGGUGUCCCUGGCCAGACUCCCCUCUUCCCCCUGUACAUAGUCCCCUCUCCCUGUGGAGAAGACACUUGGGGUCCCCUCCCCUGGUCUCGUUACCUGUGCACACGCUGUUGCUGCACAUGAGGCCUGUCCUCUGAGGGCUGGCACAGCGGCAGCAGCUGUUUCACCUUGAGGAAACGGGGCCCGCCUGGCCCAGGCCCGCACUGGUGUCCUGUCUGUAGUCAGUUACCUACCAUCCUUUCCCCACUACGUCCCAGAGUAUCCCAGCCGGUUUCCAGUCGGGCCUCAGACUAGGGAGUAGGAAUCACUGGCCCAGCCAGAAGAGGUUAAAGGGCUGGGGGCUGGGGGUGAGAGAGAGCACCUCUGCCCUUGUGGGGAAAUGUGGCCGCUCUGCAGCAGCCCCACCAGAGAUGGAUGCUGAGGGCCACAGCCAGCCUCGGGCUUUCUCUACUGAGUUGCCUCUGCUGGGGCUUGGUUCCCAGCCAUGAGCGCAUCUAGGUAACGAGGCCUGGGUUUCCUCUUAGAUUCUGUAGAUGGUCCGGGAGGACUGUCGCCAUGGAUUGGAGACAAUUCUAUCUGUGAGGAAGAAGCAGAAUAUUCAGCCUAUAGUCUUAAGUUUUGAAGGAGGGAGGGAAGCCUUGGUUGGGUCUCAGACCGUAAAUGUCUGCUGCACAGAAGCUGUGUUUUAUAGUUCCGUGUGCUGUUGCUGAGAUGUUCGGUUAAAUGCAGGCUGAUGGAGCAGUGGCUGCUUGGGGAGGGGAGGUGUCCCCAGACCCCCCAGAACCUGAGGCUCAGGGCAUCUGGACUGAUAACUGCAGAGGGCAGGAAGGGGCCCAUGGCAGGAGGCGCCCCCUCUUAUCACUCAUACCUGUUUUUUACAAAACAAAGUGUACAGCGUCUACUUAGCUCUAGAAGAAGAACUUAGGAGUUGAAUGGUCUUGGUGACAUUAGCAUUUCGUAAAGUUCUAGGAAGCUUUUCUCACGUGCCAGAAAGGGGCCAGGGUUGAUAGCAGUUUUAACUUUCAGCUUCCUUAGUGUCCUCUCACAGGAGGACACUGCCUGAGGUAGGUGCCAGGAGUUG